ACGGAUAUCAGGUUCUCUACCCAACUCAGUCACUACGGCGGCAAGUAUUCUGUGGAGCGGUUGCUGGCACUCGAGGAGUACAUCGAGCGCACGCCCUUUUCUCGUGUUGUGCUGGUUAGUGUCGGCACCCCAGCGCCGAUUGUUGCGCUGGUGGUUUUCUGCCAAGAAAGUGUCCCUCUGCAGCGUCCCGAUGAAGGCUGGCAGGCCAACUAUGGCUUUUGGGUUCGCGUCGCCGUUCAGGGAGCAGUCAUCGCAUUUGCUUCAGCGAUUCACAUCGGCCACCUCCUCGACGGAGCUGCUCUUUCUCAUCGACAGCUUGCUCUGUAUACACUUACUAUGGCAGUCAUCUACGUUGGUAUCGCCUUGGCAAUUGCUGCGAACUGGGUGUUCCCUACUCCGUUCUUGCACAUGAUCCUUGCACCGCAUUUCGGUCGUGGUAGUGGGGUGCUUUCGCAUUGCCAUAGGAAGAAGCGUAUUUCAGCACGUAUCAUUGCAGUCAGCCAAGCUGAAGCAACUCAAAAAAAUGUUCGGCGUCCAGCUUCUGAUGAUUGUCGUUUAUCCAGCAUACCAAGUGGGCAAGCGACUCUACUGUCUAUCAUCAAGCUCGCCCUGAAGAACCUGCUGCGAGUCACGAUCACGCAGAUGGACCGAAGAAGUCAUUUUUAA